AAGUAAUGCUUUUACUUACACAAGGGAGGGUACCUCCAGGAGAAAGGAGAAAGAGUAACUUUGCUUACGUCUUUCUCUAUCGAUGAAUCAGCUACCCGCGGCCGGCCCGAGCAUCGAUGAGCAGAAAAGAUCGUCGACGUUUCCCCCCAUCUUUACUCCGUACUACCAUCUUCAUUUUUGACUCUACUGUAAAGCAAACAUGGCAACCGGCGACAUUGGUCUUAUUGGUUUGGCCGUUAUGGGUCAAAAUCUGAUCCUUAAUAUGAACGACAAGGGAUUCACCGUUGUUGCAUACAAUCGUACUACUGAGAAGGUUGACCGUUUCCUGGCUAACGAAGCGAAAGGCACCAAAAUCCAGGGUGCUCACUCCAUUCAGGAGCUUUGCUCGAAACUUAAAACACCCCGCAAAAUCAUUCUCCUCGUCAAAGCCGGACAGGCUGUAGACGACUUUAUUGCUCAGCUCAUACCUCACCUUGAGAAGGGCGACAUUGUUAUCGAUGGUGGUAAUUCUCAUUAUCCGGAUUCCAUCCGCCGCACGAAAGAAUUGGAGGCUAAGGGCCUCCUUUUUGUUGGUUCUGGUGUUUCCGGUGGUGAGGAGGGCGCACGCCAUGGUCCUUCCCUCAUGCCCGGUGGUUCCCCAGCUGCUUGGCCACAUAUCAAAGAGAUUUUCCAGAAGACCGCUGCUCAAGCAUACGGUGAACCUUGCUGUGAUUGGGUUGGUGAGACUGGUGCUGGACAUUACGUCAAGAUGGUUCACAACGGUAUUGAAUACGGUGACAUGCAGCUUAUUGCUGAGGCAUACGAUAUUCUCAAGCGCGGUUUGGGAUUAAGUGAGGACGAAAUUGCCGACAUUUUCCUGAAGUGGAACAAGGGUGUUCUUGAUUCUUUCUUGAUCGAAAUCACCGCAGACAUACUCAAGUUCAAGGAUGACGAUGGCGAGCCGGUUGUCGCCAAGAUCUUGGAUAAGGCUGGUCAGAAGGGUACUGGCAAGUGGACUGCCAUAGCUGCUCUCGAUGCUGGAUCACCUGUCACUCUCAUUGGCGAGGCUGUUUUCGCUCGUACUUUGUCUGCCCUCAAGGAAGAGCGUACUCGUGCUAGCAAAGUCAUCGCCGGUCCCCAAAAGGAGCCAUUCCGCGGUGACAAGCAGAUGUUCAUCGAUGACCUGGAGCAGGCUCUUUACGCAUCUAAGAUCAUCUCCUAUACCCAAGGGUUCAUGUUAAUGCGGCAGACCGCAAGCGACCUUGGAUGGAAUCUCAACUAUGCCGGAAUUGCCUCUAUGUGGCGUGGUGGAUGUAUCAUCAAAAGUGUGUUCUUGAGUGACAUCACCAAAGCAUACAACAACAAUCUCAAACUUGAGUCUCUUCUGUUCGAUGACUUCUUCAACAAGGCGGUCCACAAGGCCCAGCCUGGAUGGAGACGUGUGAUUGCCCAGGCGGUCCUCUGGGGUAUUCCUACGCCUGCAUUUAGCACUGCUCUUGCCUUCUUCGACGGUUACAGGAGUGACAUUGUUCCUGCCAACCUUCUUCAGGCUCAGCGGGACUACUUUGGUGCCCACACCUUCCGUGUUCUGCCUGGCAAAGAGAACGCGAAGUUCAAGAAGGGUGAAGAUAUUCAUGUUAAUUGGACCGGUCGUGGCGGGUCCGUUUCUGCCUCCACUUACAACACAUAGAGUUUGUUGGGCAGGUCGUCUUAGAAUCUUAUCUGUGCCACUAUCCCCCAGUGUUGUUCUACUAGCAAAGGAGAAAUGUACAGUAUAUACUCAAC